AGACAAUACGGCCAGGCAUUGUAAGGCUUUGGAGUUUUAGAUCGGUAAUGGCUGCCGGCCCGGGGAAUUUAAACUGUUCCGGAAUGGGCGAUUGAUGAGCUUUACGGUGAGGUGUUUUUCUUUUCGGGCGUUUAAAAGCGGGCUGUUCGGGUUCCAAAAUCGUUGAGGGCGGGCGUCCGAAACACAUUGUCUAGCUGUCUGAAGCGUUUCGCCAGCGUGUACGAGCUCUCAAAUAAUGUGCCGAAACUUUGCAGUUUACCCGAGCAAAAACAAAUAAAUUUUGUUUGGUUUCAUGGCGAUUUUGGGGAAAUCGUCGAGGUCAUUUCUAUUUGUUGUCCAGUUCUUGUAAGAUUCUCACGUGCCGAAGUUUUGAGGAUUGGAAGGGAGGAAGGAUUGUGAGAGAUUUGGAGGGAUAAAAGCUUUGCCUGGGUUUUCGAAGUUCUGAAGUGGUGGUUUGUGCUCUUGGCGCAGAAACAGAUAAAUUUUGUUCGGUUUCAAGACGAUUUUUGGGAAAUCGUCGAGGCCAGACCAUUUCUGUUUGGUGGCCAGUUUUUGCAAGGUUCUCACGCGCCGUGGUUUGGAGCAAUAGGAGGGAAGGAUUUGGAGAGAUCUUUGAGAUUUUGUGGGAUAGAAGCAUUGCCUGGGUCUUCAAAGUUUUGAAGUGGUGCUGUGUGCUUUUAGCUUUGCAGUUUUUCCUUCCUUUGGUUUUGAGGAAUUGGAAAAUCGGCGAGACUCUGGGUGUGCUUGUUCAGUGAAGGUUUGGAGAGUUUUUGCAAGUUCAAAAACUUGAGCUUUGCAGUUUACGGAAGCAGGAGCUGAACAAAGGAGCCUUUCGGUUUCUUGAAUAUUUGCCGAAAUCAAUGAAGCCUUGCCUGUUUUAGUAAAGCUUUGGUCGGUUUUGAUAAGUUCUGAAGAUGCACUGAGGCUUUGCAGUCGAAAGAAGAAAAAAGGCGGAAAUUUCUGGACUAUUAUUGAAGGCAUGCUUCUGAAAAUGGCGGGGCCAGCUGCGAAGUUUCGGCUUUGCUUCUUUGUUUUUGGCGUCGUUGUAUCUUCCUUGGGGUAUUCUGCUGCACAAAGCUCGCAAGAUGCUCUUUAUUUGCGGCAGUUGAAGAGUGGAUUUGACGAUCCGAACGGCUUUUUCCUCAGCUGGAACGAUAACGAUGCCUCUCCUUGUAAGUGGAAGGGAGUCACUUGCGAUGUCACUGGAAAUGUCACAGCAAUCGACCUUUCCGAUGGGAACAUCGCGGGAGAGUUUCCGGCGAUUGCUUGCAGGCUUCCCGCUCUCAGGAAUCUCUCCCUGGCCUACAACAACGUCAACGGUUCGAUUCGCGAAGAAGACUUGGGACGCUGCGAGACGCUGGAGUGGCUGGAUUUGUCUCAAAAUAUCCUCGUCGGUGAGCUGCCAGAUUUUAUUUCUAAGCUCACGAAUUUGCAGUACUUGGACCUUUCUUCCAACAAUUUCAGCGGCAUAAUUCCCCCGGGCUUCGGGAAUCUUCCAAAGUUGCAAGUUCUGAGCCUCCACGCCAAUCUUCUCAACUCCACAGUUCCGGCAUAUCUCGGAAACUUAACAAGUCUUGUCCAGCUCAACCUGGCCUGGAAUCCAACAAUCACCGGAACAUUGCCUCCGGAGCUCGGAAACCUGAUCAAUCUGGAAAAUCUAUGGGUGGCGGCCUGCAGCAUUGGCGGAAAAAUCCCUUCGGAGCUUGGAAAUCUGUUGCAUCUCACGAAUUUUGACAUUUCUCAAAAUCAGUUCACCGGUUCGAUUCCCGAGAGCAUCGCCAAGCUGAAAAAUGUUGUACAGAUUGAGCUUUACAGCAACAAAUUGUCGGGCCCCAUUCCAUCCGCCAUGGGGGAUUUGAAAGCUCUAAAGCGCUUUGAUGCAUCGUCGAAUAUGCUCAACGGUUCGAUUCCUGACGGAUUCGGGUCGCUGGAUCUUGAAUCUUUGAACCUCUACGAAAAUAAUCUGACCGGAAAGAUUCCUCCAGGGCUCGGGUCACUUGCAAGUCUCACAGAAUUAAAGCUUUUCUCGAACAAGUUAACGGGCGCCUUGCCGGAGAAUCUAGGCCGGAAUUGUCCUCUGGAGACCUUAGACUUGGCAACGAACCAGCUUUCCGGUAGCCUGCCUCCCCACCUCUGCAGGAUGAAAAGCCUUCAAGUUCUGAGUGUUUUUAGCAAUCAGUUUUCCGGCGCUUUGCCUGAAACCCUAGGAAGCUGUACAAGCUUAAUGAGGGUAAGGCUCGGCUACAAUGAAUUCAACGGCACGGUGCCAGAAUCUCUCUGGGGGCUCUCUCAUCUCUCACUGCUCGAGCUGCGGCACAAUAAAUUCGAAGGCUCGAUUUCCUCCUCUAUUGCUGGCGCAAAAAAUCUCUCGCAGCUCGACAUCACUGGCAACAAGUUUUCUGGCGACAUGCCUGAACAAAUCGGCGAGCUCUGGAACAUCACGGAGAUCAUAGCCGGCAAUAACUUAUUCAGCGGCAAUUUGCCUCGGAGCUUGGUGAACCUCCUGCGCCUCGCUAGGCUGGACCUCGGCAAUAACCAGAUAACAGGUAAUCUUCUCACUGAAAUAGAAUCAUGGCAGCAGCUCACAGAUCUCAAUCUGAAAAACAACAAGCUUAUUGGUUCGAUUCCCGAGGCUUUAGGCUCGUUGCCUGUGCUUACAUAUCUUGACCUCUCUGGAAAUGAACUAUCUGGGUCAAUACCCAAAGAGCUGGGAAAUUUGAAGUUGAAUACCUUCAAUGUGUCAGAUAACCGUUUAAGCGGGCCAGUGCCAUCUGUGCUUGAAAAUGCUGCUUACGAAGACAGCUUUUUGGGAAACCCUGGGCUGUGUAGCGUAAGCCAAUUGAAUGGCAUAGCCACAUGUGGCUCAGCCAGUCGUCGCCGGAGUACAGGAUGGCUUAUGGGCUGCAUUUUUGCAUUGGCGGGCAUUAUUUUGAUCGUGGGUCUUGCCUGGUUUUACAGAAGAUACCGCAAUUUUGACCGUGCAGAGGGUAAAGACAAAAACAAGAACAACAAAAAUAAAGCCUUCAUGGACAAGUCUUCAUGGAUGCUCACUUCGUUUCAUCGAUUAGGGUUUAGUGAAUAUGAAAUCCUAGAUUGCCUUGAUGAAGAUAAUGUUAUUGGGACUGGAGGGGCUGGUAAAGUUUACAAGGCUACACUGAGCAAUGGUGAGACUGUGGCUGUCAAGAGGCUCUGGAGUAGCGGUAAAAGUAGAGAGGAGGCCGACUUCAACGACAAUGGGUUCAAGGCAGAGGUGGAUACUUUGGGGAAAAUCAGACACAAGAAUAUUGUGAAGCUGUGGUGCUGCUGUGCUCACAGGGACUCCAAUUUGUUGGUUUAUGAAUAUAUGCCUAAUGGGAGCUUGGGGGAUCUCCUACAUGGGCCUAAGGCUAGUGUGCUGGAUUGGCCUAUAAGGUACAGGAUUGCAGUUGGGGCGGCACAGGGUUUGGCUUAUCUUCACCAUGACUGUGUGCCUGCAAUUGCUCAUAGAGAUGUUAAGUCCAACAACAUCUUGCUGGAUGGGGAUUUUGUGGCUCACGUGGCAGAUUUUGGCCUUGCAAAGAUUCUACAAAGCUGUGGCAGAGGGACUGAUUCCAUGUCCACAAUUGCUGGUUCCUAUGGGUACAUAGCUCCUGAGUAUGCCUACACUCUCAAGGUGAACGAAAAAAGCGACAUCUACAGUUUUGGAGUGGUGAUGUUAGAACUAGUGACUGGUCGGCGACCAGUAGACCCUGCAUUUGGAGAAAACAAGGAUCUUGUCAAGUGGGUAUGCACUAGAAUUGAAAAGAAGAACGCGUUGGAGGAAAUCCUCGAUCCCAAGCUUGUAGGUUGUUUCAAAGAGGAAAUGGCCAUGGUCCUCAAAGUGGCACUUCUCUGCACAAGUGCUUUACCCAUAAACAGGCCAUCAAUGAGGAGGGUGGUAGAGAUGCUGCAGGAAGCCAACCCACUUCACAAGGCCAAGGGCAGUGUUAAGUCUGGGAAACUAUCUCCCUACUACUACGAGGAACCUUCAGUACCAGACAGUCCAUAGCCAAAUGAAGGGUAAUUCACAUUUUCCACAGUGCAAGACACUCCAUAGCCUAAUGAAGGGCAAUCGCCUUUCUGGACCAAGUUCAUAGUAGUUUAGACUAGGUUAACCUUUUGCAAACUCAUGGUUGUACAUUCUUUUCCCUUUUAUCACCUUUCCCUCUCUUCAUCCCUCUGUAUUUUCCUUUGGUAAUUUCUAAGAUGUGGUUAGGGCUGAUUGUAACCUCUAAAUCUAGGUGCAGUACCAUUUCUCAAAUUAGCUACUUGUUCCAUUAAAUUAUUGGGGAUUACUGAAAUUCUGCAGAUUGUUUACA